CUACUCACUCGUUCUCCAUUAUUCUCUUCCAGCUCAUCAUCUAGACCAAUAUUCUCUCUAUAGACUCUCUAGGGCUUGACUAUGACUUUGUAAGGCACGAUAGUCCUGAUAAUCGCCUGCAACCUCGUUUAGCUUUCUCCGUCGCCAAUCACUGUCGAUUACAUUUUUCUCCAUGGCCUCCAAGACAUUGGAAGCGCGCCUUGAGCGCCUUUCCGUCAAAGACGAAAAUGACAGCGGACACAAUGGCGGUAGCUACCCGAAACCUAAGAGCUCCCUAUCAACAGCUAUGUCCCUUUCGGGCCUUGGAGCUGCAGGGCAAUAUAGCGGCUCCAAUCGAUCCAACCUGCUGAAGCUAGCCCUACAAAAUACCAAUGACAACAAAGUCAAUGCCAUGAACGUUGCUCAGUCCCCUACAAAGGGCUCCCAGAACACCUUACCGAGUCGCAACCUAGAUGAGAAUGGAGAGCAACGACACCCUAACCCGCUAUAUGAUCAACCGGCACCAAAGAAGCUGCACCUUGGAAUGUUUGAAAUUGGAAAGCCUUUGGGAAAAGGGAAGUUUGGUAGGGUGUACCUGGCCAAAGAGCGGUCUUCUGGUUUUGUAUGUGCGCUCAAAGUCCUACACAAAUCUGAGCUGCAGCAGGGUGGAGUGCAGAAGCAAGUCCGCCGGGAAAUCGAGAUUCAGAGCAAUCUUCGUCAUCCGAAUGUUCUAAGGCUCUACGGACACUUCCAUGACAGCAAGCGGAUCUUUUUGAUUCUCGAAUUUGCCGGCCGGGGGGAGUUAUAUAAACACCUUCGCAAGGAACAUCGAUUCCCUGAAUGGAAAGCUGCCCAGUACAUCGCCCAAAUGGCUGCUGCCUUGAAAUACCUUCACAAGAAGCAUGUCAUGCAUCGUGAUAUCAAACCCGAGAAUAUCCUAGUCGGCAUCCACGGGGAAAUCAAGAUCAGUGACUUUGGAUGGAGUGUACAUGCACCCAACAACCGGAGGCAAACAAUGUGUGGAACAUUGGACUACCUUCCUCCCGAGAUGCUCAAGCCGGGUUCACAGGAUAAUUACUACAAUGAAAAAGUCGAUCUGUGGAGCUUGGGUGUUUUGACCUACGAAUUUCUUGUUGGAGAAGCUCCCUUUGAGGACACCCCUGUUAUGACACAGAGGCGGAUUGCAAGAGCGGAUAUGUCGGUUCCCUCAUUUGUGAGCCCUGAGGCGAGAGAUCUUAUCAAACGGCUUCUUGUUCUGGAUCCUGAGAAGCGAAUCUCUCUUGAUGAAAUCCAGAGGCAUCCCUGGAUUCUUAAACACUGUGUUAAGGAUGAGCGAACCAUGAAGCGCAGUUCUGGUUCUGCUUCGUCAAAGGAUGCCAAACAAUAAUGUAAUACUCAUGCAUUCAUGGCGCUUUGGUGUUGAGACGUGUGGUCUUUCCCUGCCACUCCAACCAGUGGCCUUUUUCCGAUUUAUUUCGUGUGGAAUGCGUUGAGCAUGCUGGAGUUUUACG